AUGGAUUUCCUAGAUACAGAGACACAAUCACCUGAGGAUUCACUGAAUUGGGAAACAGAUUUCGAUACCCCUCCUCCACUUGCUCCUCAAUGCAAAAGUUUCAAAUGGAAAAUUAAUGUCAUAGAUACUAAUGGAAACAUAGAAGGUAAAAUGCUAACAUCUAAAGAUGUCUGGAAAUUGCAAAAUAGCAAAGUGAUUGUGCAUUUCGAUGAAGAUAGUGGCCAGCCAAUUGGAGAUUCUGCAGGCUUACUUGGAUCAUGGUUAGAAAGGGCAUGGGAAGUUGUUCAGCCCAAAUUUCGGUUCGAUGAUCCGACGGUGAGAAAAGAAUAUGUCACCAGUACACUAGGAAGCAGAUGCAAGGAUGUCAAACGACGUCUUUGGGGAGAGUACAGCAAAGAUACUCGAAGUGAAACAGUGCAGAAUCGACCAGAUAAUGUUCCUGAAGAUCAGUGGUUUCAUUUUGUUCACAUGAGAUUCACUGAAAAGUGGAAGAGAAUGCAAGAGCGGAAUACGAUCAACCAAAAAUACAAUACCAUGCCUCACUUAUGCGGAAGAAAGAGUUUUCCUAGGAGAAGAAAUGAGAUUAAAAUCAAGACCGGAAAAACACCAUGUCGAGCUGCGUUUUUCAUUGAGACUCGUACAAAACCUGAUGGAAGUUUUUCCUGUGAGGAGGCCAAAACACGAGCGGAAGAACUUACCAUGGUAAUGAGUCAAAACCCACGACCCACAACCAAUGUUUCAGCUAGUUUGGAUGAUGAAUAUGCUCAAGUGUUUGGUCCUGAGCGUCAUGGACGAGUACGUUGUGUAGGUCGUGGACCUACACCUUCAAAGUUGGUGAGACGCUCUACUGUAACUAGGACAGAGAUAGAAAAUUCUGAAAUAGUUGUUCAGCUGAAGACAGAAUUGGAUGGCUUAAGAAAUGAAGUUAAGGGAAUGACUACGUUCAUCCAACAAUUAAUUGGUACAUCAACCGUUGAACAGGUAAUUUACUGA